GAAUUCAAGUUUGUUGCCUAAGUCUUUCGUUUGGCCAGCACAUUCUUUUGUCCAACUGGGCUUAGACAUGAAUGUGUGCGUGUGUGUGGAUAUGACGAUGUAAGUUAGUGUUUGGCCAAAAAUAAACAGCCCAAGGACCUCGACAUGUGUCUAUGGAAACUGUUGCAAUGUUGUUCAAAUAUAAACAAACGAUAUGCGAGUGCUUAAGUGAGCCGGCUAACGGUAUAUAUGGAAUGAUGAUUGGUGAUAAAGUAGCAGGCCAUAAGUGUGGAAACCGGUUGUCGGCUAGUCGUCUCUUAACACUCUUUGGGCACGCAAUCAUUUAUUUUUGGGGAACAGCAUUUUCAUCAGUGGAAAAUCUGGAAGAACAAUGAAUAAAUGCUAUUGCGGAGCGUUAAGUUCGGGAAAUGCGCAGCAUCAGCAACAUCUUCCUUUGAAACAAGGACAAUAUCAACAUAUCCAGCAUCCACGUAGCGAUCUCAGAUCAUUGACCUCAUCAUCCAGACAAAGCUUGCGACCCACCCAGUUUAUUAAACGUCCCAGCCUCAAAACCCAGCCCACAUUUGGCCUAGGACACUCCAGCACCGAGUUGGUCAAUGACUUCAGUCGCCGUAACUCCACAGCCACCACGGUGAGUCACUGCUCCAGCUGCAGCUGCAGUUCCACCCAACAACGACAACAGAGCAGGGCCAAGGUUUUACGAUGGGGCUGGGAACGAACAGGAGGUGAUGACACCUCGAACACUUCCAGUGGCAACUACUCUAACCAUUACGAAAAGUACACGGACAAUCGACGGCUUUAUGAGCAAAGCGCAUGCGUUGCCAGUCGCCAGAGAAGCCAAGUUCAGGGUCAGGUUCACAGUGGCGACUCAUCGCCAUCACCACGCCCAGUUCAGUACCCAAGCCAUCAAACCACAAGUGAAUUACAGCAACUGCAGGCCUUGCAGAACUUCCGUUUGAUGAAUGCAAGUGAUUGCUUCAGUGAAGGUCGCCAGGAUGAACUGCGUCUGCAACAGGCCUAUGAUAAACUGAGUUUCAGCAACGCGGAAAAGUGGAACAAGGAUCGGGCUAAUGAGAGCAGGCAGCAGAAUGUUUCUAGGAGUGGAUAUAGCAGUUCCACUACGCCUUAUGCUUUAAGGCAGAAGUUACUCCAGUUAAGACUUGAGUCGGAGGAGAAGCUGGGCAGGGGCACAGGUGCCAGGUGUGCUCCUUUGGGGAAGAGUUGUGCUUUGAGAUAUAAUUGAAAUAAAUAAGUAUUUUAAGUGUCAUUAAUCAUAUAUAAAUAUAAAAAUAAAUAAAGGUCCAAAGGUAUUCUGUUUUAAGGACAAAUAACUACCUGCUUAUAUAUAAUACUACAAAUUGAUAAGAAACUUGAUGACAGCAAUUCUGAUAUAAAUUAAAAUCUCAGAACUAAAGAGAUACUAAAAAGUAUUAAAUUCAAGUAAAACCACAUCUCGAAUUUCAUUUUUAUUGCUAGUAUGUAUUUCAUUUUUCCUUUUAAUAAAACAGUGCUAUUUUGUUACAA